CCACCUUAAAUAAUUAUGCAUAUAUGAAGCCACUACUUUAAGAUUUGGUUGCUACCCUCCCUCCCCAUCCUUCGCCCCAACACAAUGCGAAAACCUUUACCAUUUUUCACCCACUUCUUUCUCCUCUCUAUCCUGCUCCUCCACCUCCGCCAGCUUGCCGCCGCUGGUAUCGACGGCGCCGCCCCCAACCACCGCUUUAGGGAAGCCCCGCAAUUCCGCAAUUCCCCGCAUUGCCCUUCCAUCCACUACAACCACACCCUUCACGAUGAAGAAGAGGGCAACGGACAUGAGGAUUUGGGCCCGGCCAUUUGCUCCGACCAAGCGGUCCACGUGGCGAUGACCCUCGACGCCGCCUACCUCCGGGGAUCCAUGGCCGCCGUCCACUCCAUCCUCCAGCACUCUGCCUGCCCCGAAAACGUCAACUUCCACUUCGUCGCGGCCGCGUCAGCCGACGCCCGCCGCCUGCGUGCCACCCUUUCCCGCUCCUUUCCCUCCCUCCGCUUCCGCGUCUACCGCUUUGAUUCCGCCGCCGUCUCCGGCCUCAUCUCCACAUCCAUCCGGGCGGCGCUCGAUUGCCCCCUCAACUACGCGCGCAACUACCUAGCCGACCUCCUCCCCUCUUGUGUCCGCCGCGCCGUCUAUCUCGACUCCGACCUCAUCCUCGUCGACGACAUCGCGAAGCUCGCCGCGACCCCCCUCGGCAGCGGCGCCGUCCUCGCCGCUCCCGAGUACUGCAACGCCAACUUCACUUCCUACUUCACGCCGUCGUUCUGGUCCAACCCCUCGCUCUCCCUGACCUUCGCCGGACGCAACGCCUGCUACUUCAACACCGGAGUGAUGGUGAUAGACCUGGAGCGGUGGCGCGAAGGCCAGUACACGGCUAAGAUCCAGGAGUGGAUGGAGCUUCAGAAGCGAAUGAGGAUAUACGAACUGGGGUCGUUGCCGCCAUUCUUGUUGGUUUUCGCGGGGAAUAUAGCGCCGGUGGAUCACCGGUGGAAUCAGCACGGGUUGGGGGGAGACAAUUACCGGGGGCUUUGCCGGGAUCUGCAUCCGGGGCCGGUGAGCCUGUUGCACUGGAGCGGGAAGGGGAAGCCAUGGGCGCGGCUGGACGCUAACAGGCCCUGCCCGUUGGAUGCAUUGUGGGCUCCUUACGAUCUUUUGGAAGUGCCAUUUGCUCUCGAUUCUUGAGGUGUAGAGAACAGUUAAUAUAUAAACAUACGGAGGAUAUACGAGGAAGGUGUCUAAAAUGUGGUAAUAAUAUUUGUUGUCUUGUAAUUGUAAUUUUUGGAUUCUUGUCUGAGACUCAGAUGAAUGGAACAGAUCGACCGUGUAGAUAUGAUUCUAUAUCUCUUGGAUUAGUGCUGUUUCUGCAGGUUGGGGCUGUCUGUGGAUUAUACCAUGGUUAAAUCUUUCCAUUUUUAGCUGGUUUCUUGGUAUAUGUUUGUUUGUUUUUUUGUUUUUUUUGUUUUUGUUUAAUUUGAUGUGUGGGAUGCAAACUAAUAAAACUUUAGAAACGUUAGAGACAUAUAGUGAUGUAACGUUUCUAAAAUUUUAUUUUUUAUCUUUUUAAAGUUGUGAUGGUACCUCACACCUGUAUACAUAAUAUUUUCUCAAAUAUAGAGUUGAAGAUCACUGAUGAAUAA